CAAAGGAAAGCAAUCACAGCCGGACGAUCCGAGCAGAGAAGGGGAGGUACCUGCUACGACUAGCUAGAUUCCACGCGCGAUGGCGCCCACCAGGAUCCGCGUGGCCUUGCUGAGCUUGGCGCUGGUGGGGCUGCUCAUCUGCCACCUCGCCACCACCGCCUCCGCCGGCAAGAACAGAAUCCGCAUCCUCGACAGCGUCGACGACUCGGCCGGGGACAACAACAGCUCCGACGCCUCGGCCGGGGACAACAGCACCGACUCCGAGUCGGAAGGCCGCGUCGUCUAUUCCGACAUGAAGCUGGCUGAUGAGACGGGAUCUGCGCCGGCUCCGGCACCGGCGCCGGGGCCGACGACCAGUUGAAGCGAGGAAGGUGGCCAAAACUGAGGGCCCGGCUACUAUCUUUUGCUAUAACUAAAGAUAGGGCCAAGUUUAAUUUCUCCGAUAAAUUCUGUCCGAGCAAAAAGUAUGAUGGGGUUUUUAGUCGAGAUGGUAAAUAAUGUAUGACGCGCGUGUGGACCAAGAGUCAUGGCUUGCUGUACUUGUGGUUUCUGAGCUGCAACACUCAAUCGACUACUAAACUAAGGUAAUAACUAGGUUAGUGCCCGUGCGUUGCAACGGAAACAUAUAAUAUCAUGAUAAUUUAAAGAGAACCCAGAGAACAAUCCUGAUUGUACUA